GGAGGGAUGAGAGAGCAAUGCUUUCUCUCUCUCUCUGUCUCUCUCUCUCGUUCCCCCACCCCCUUCUUGUUUCCGCUCAUCUCCACUGCUCUUGUGCCCCUAUAUAACCUCUGACACUGUUUUGAUUUUAAGUCAUAUAGGAUUGGCAGUCAGCAUCCAGGUGAAGAUGAUGAACCAAUCAGCUCUCAUCCUAAGAAUAAGCUUGCUGCUGCUGCUGGUGUACGACACAGUUGCAAAGAUGGACAUCAUUACCAGUAAGCAAGAUUUUCUGGUGGGAGAAGAGAUCUUACUGCUGUGUAAAGCUGGGGCAGAGGGAGAAAUAAUCUGGCAGAAGGAUGGGGAAGAAAUCGAUGAUGAAGAAAAGGUGGAAAAUGUAGAUGAGACCACCUCUAAAUUGUUCAUUAAGAAGGCUACGAUGCAAGAUGCGGGCAAGUAUUCCUGUCUGUGUGAGUUCAACAGCGGACACAAAGAUGACAUUCAGACGCAACUGUAUAUUUAUGAGGGUCCAUCAUUUGGAAGCAACACCACCUACCAUGAGUUUCUGGAGGGCACAGAUGGGGUGGUGCCAUGCCUGGUGACUGGCCAGCCAGCAGUGGAUGUUAACUGGUUAAGAGACAAGCAAGAACUCCCUUCUCAUGAAGGAAGGCGUGUGCGUCGGUUGCCUGAUAACACACUCCUUAUUGAAAAAGUGAAGAGAGAGGAUGCUGGGACAUACAUUUGCCAGGCCCAGAUCAGAGGAAGGCCCAUCAAUAAGAUACUCUCCGUCUCUGUUGUUGUCAAUGCCCCUCCAUCUGUGCAACUGAGAGAAGAGGUGAAAAAAGUAAUUGCCGGACCAGAAACCAAUGUUUCCUUGCUGUGUUUGGUGGACGGUCUACCAAAACCCAACAUCACCUGGACCAUGCCAGUGACGUUUGACCCUUCACGUCAUCAGUUUAACUCAGACCGCAGCCAGUUGACUAUAAGGUCUGUUGCCAGGGCCGACUACGGAGAGUACAUCUGCACCGCCACCAACAAGAUAGCUGAGAGCAGUGCUACCAUUAUGCUUCAUGUUUUUGAGGCCCCAAAGGUGUUUGUGUCAGCAGAGCUGCAGAAUGUAUCAGUGGGUGAGCGUGUGUCUGUGUCCUGUAACGUCUCUGGCCAUCCUCAGCCUGAGCUAUACUGGCUCAACAAGCACAGUGGACGCACAGUGGACGCUACCUCUGGUCGUGUCCGUGUUGUUGAUGGUGCGUUGGUGAUUGAUGAGGUAGUGCCCUCUGAUGGUGGACUGUAUUCCUGCAUGGCUGUCAGCGCCUCUGGAAAUGCAUCAAGAGAUGUUGCAAUACACACCCAGCCCGGUCCACCUCACUACCUGUUAGUCUCACCUGGACCAACCUCGGUCCGCUUCUCCCUCAUAACUCCACCCAUCAGUGGAGGAACACCAAUCACAAGUUUUGUCCUUCAGUGGAGGCAAAGUCCAACAGAACAGUGGACGGCGAUCACAGUCCCAGUUUCAGGACCCCUAGUUAUCACCGCCCUCAGGCCGUACACAUUGUACACAGUAGGUAUGGCUGCCGCGAAUGCGAUGGGAGUGGGAGAGUUCUCAACCACAAACACUGUCCGCACCCACGGAAUACAGGGUGAGCCAGACAGUCCAGUUCUGUCGUCAGAUGAGAUGAAAGUAGAUGGCAACUCCUUCUCUGUCCCUCUUAAACAGAUCGAUGAUGGUGGAACUCCUCUGCUGCACUUCAACAUACGAUACAGACAGGAUAAAGAGAGGACUGAGUGGAAAGAGAUUCGCCUGCCGCCUGAUGCUGAUUCUAUCUCCCUUCAAGACCUGUCUUUUGGCUCAGCAUAUCAACUGGAAGUCACAGCGGUCAAUGCGAAUGGUUCCUCUAUCCCAGCCACGUACAACUUUACCAUCGCAGAACAACCUGUGAGCAGCCGCAGUAUGACCAAAGGCAGCGUGGUUGGCAUCGUCAUAGUGAUCUUCCUGGUGGUAUUCCUGGUGGUAGACGCCACCUGCUGCUACAGAAAUCGCUGCGGCCUGCUCAUGUCCAUCGCUGGGAAACUCUUUGGACAGAAAGUUCCAGGCCUCAAAAUGCUUGAAGAAGGAGACGGAACCACUAAUGGAGAAGUGAAGCUGAAGGGUAUGUCCACUCCGAGAGGCAGUAUGCAACAGUCGGGGGUUCAGACACUCACUAAGGAAGGGGGGCAGCUCACAGAGGUCACUUGCGACAAAGCCCCCCUUACCAAACACGAGAAAACACAGCCAGUUAGAAACCUGCCCACUGAUGAUGCAUGAGGCCAGAAACCGGAGAAUCAACAAGAAUUGUGAACGAACAAGUGACAAUGUAUAGACAACAAGAAAAGAUAUCAUACAAUCACUCAGUCUUAACAGCUGACUCAGAACAGUCAGCGAUCUCUACAUUGGACUUCCAUGGGAAAGGUCAAACAUUACCGACAGACUGCAGGGAAAACACUGAUGUUGUUGAAGUUUGUCAAAAGUGGGCUGUUUCAGACAUCUGUGCUGAGUGAGAGACAGCAGGCCUGUGUUCAGCCUCUCGUGACAGCACUGUCGUCUCCUCAGGUUGGAAAUCUCCCAGCUUCCAGUUGACAUGAAGACUGACAGAGGCUACAGGCAGGAGAUGAUGUCAUUUUGUAGUAUUUUUAUUGUUCUGUCUGCUCUGAUUGAUCAAGAUACAAAACACAGAAUCUCAUUCUACAGGGUAAUCUUAAUGUCUGUGUUUUACAGGGUAAAAUUAAUGGUGUUAUAAGUUAAACUUCAAAUUGUUAUUUUUUCUAAAAGUCACAACAAAUGUUUACCUACUGCAUUGUGAAUGUCAUACACAGACACUUAUUUUAUUUGUACUCUCUGAAUCGUAUCAUGGCUAUCCUGUGUAAUGUAGCAUUUUUUGGCAUUUAAAAAUAUUUUUUUCUGUUAAUGAUUUUAUUUCAUAUAUCUUUUUAUUGUUAAUAACUUUUUAUUUAACAUUGCAUUGUGGCUGCUCUUCUAAUGAUUACGUAAGGCUAAACAUCUUUUUUUUUUUAGAUUAGAUAACAUUGUAUCCUGAUACUGACCAGUAUUUUGAACCAUUUAAAGGGCACUUCAGCUUAAACCAAACUUAAUGUAAUUAUUAUGCACUGAUAUUUAUUGUUUUUAAACCAUACAUGAGAGAUAUUCACCAUACGAGGCUUUGAACUUAAAGCCAUAUUUGACUUUGUAGCUAGCUUUACUGUUACGCACUUUUUUGUGAAAUCAUUUUUAUAUGGUCAGCAACUAACACUGGUCAUAUAGGAGACCUGUAAUUAAAAGCAACUUUUAUUAUGAGAACCUUCUUUAAAGUACCAGUAAUAAUAGGCGACAUGUAAAACGUAUAUACGUAAUAACUAACAAAAUCGACUAAUGUUGUAAGUUAUUUUGUAUUUAUAUUCAUAUGUUUCAAGCCAAAUAUUUCACUUUGUUGCAGCUUUUUUGUUUAGAAAAUACUCUAACAUAAGUAUGUCAUGUUUGCAAAUUACCUGGCCAUAUUAAUGAAGUGUUUUGAUAUUGUUGUAAUAUUGUAUUGAACACUGUACAUGGUUGUACAUACACAUGUUGUUACAUGUUUGUGUUUGAUUAAAACAUGUACUGUAUAACA